UGUGUACCAAGGGUCAGGCAGUCAGUGGUCGGUAUCGUAUGCUGGCGAAGAACGGAGGCUACGUCUGGGUAGAAACCCAGGGAACUGUCAUCUACAACAGCCGCAACUCCCAGCCCCAGUGCAUCGUGUGCAUAAACUAUGUCCUCAGCGACAUUGAGGAGAAGUCCAUGAUUUUCUCCUUGGAGCAGACAGAGUCACUGUUCAAGCCAUGCCACAUGAGCAGCUUCUUCAACGCUGGAGGUGAAGGCGUGGCCGGAGAGGCGGGAGAUGCCCUCUUUACCAAACUCAAAAAGGAGCCGGAGGACCUCGCCCAGCUGGCUCCAACACCUGGAGAUACAAUCAUCAGCCUCGACUUCCGCCGCACUCACUUCGAGGAGCCCCAGCAGCCAGCUGGAUACGCACAGGCGCCUGCUGCAUCUAUGCCCCCUCCGGACCCUCCAUCCUGGGCCAGCGAGAGCCACAAGCUUGCCCCUCCAUCAUCAGGCCAAAUCUCUGCACCAGUUCCAAGGGACAUGGUUACCAUGGCCAGUACGUUCACUGUGCAGCAGAAUCCGCCACCGGGCAGCGCCACUCCGAGCCUCAGCAGCUGCUCCACGCCCAGCAGCCCAGGUGAUUACUACAGCUCAGUGGAGAGUGACCUGAAGGUGGAGCUGACUGAGAAGCUGUUUGCUCUCGAUACGGAGAGCAACAACAGUCCUGCAAACACUGAGGUGUGUCCUUCUCUUUGUCCCAUGAAUAUACUUAUGUCUAAAACUUACUCUCUGUGUCGUCAGUUCAUUGAUUUGACUUACGAGGCCUUGUUUACUGAAUCUGGUUGAAAACUUGGCUUUCCU